AUGAUACAUACUCGACAAAUACAAUUUGAUAAAGGUAUCAUGCGACUUUCUGCCUAUGAUCCCGUAUCAAAUCAAUACGAGACCCGUAUGCUGACUCUACCCGAGCUACCAUUGCUGGAAUCAUUGGAGCAUUUAUUCAAUACCACCGCUACCACUGCUACUGCAAGCCCAUCCACUGUCAUGGAGAACACGGGUGGUAAAUUAUUGCGUUUGACUAAAUCUUGCAACAACAAGAAAUCAUCCAAAAGAAACUCCAUCAGACAUGAUGUUGUCUUGACACCCCGUCGUUGUCAAUCCAAUCCUAAUCUGUCCAAACAGCAGCAAAAAUCAUUCAAAGCUACUGCUACAGCGAUCCACAAUGGUGGUGGUCCUAUGCGGUCCAAACGCUCCUUGUCAAGUGCGUUUCAUGCUGUUGCGGGUUUUAUACAAAAGGCCAACAAAAAGAUUCGUUCAACCUACAUUCACGAUAAGGAAUGGUCUACAGAAACUUGGUUGGAUGAGAUUCGAUUGUCAUCUGACAGCAGUAUUUCGACUUUGGACCUUGUGCCUGUAUCGACUUGGUCUUCCACUCGUUCCGUGAUGCCAGCUUGUGAGAAUUGGUGGACAGGUAGCCCACCUAUCAGUUCCUUCUAG